AAAACAAACCUAUACAUAGUAAACUUCAAAGUGUAAAAUAUCUAUCAAAAAAUAAAACUGAUCGAUCUUUAUUAACAAUUUCUUCGGCGCCCGAAGAUGAUACUCCAAAACUAGUUAAAACUAUUACACAACCACCUUCUCAUGAAUCAUCUAGAUAUGGUAUAACAAAUAUAGGAAAAUCUAAUCCAUUAGAACCAAAAUCCUCAAAAUCAUAUUCACAAUCACAUCGACAAAAUUAUGAACUUCGACGUAAUCCAGAUUUUCCAGGUUUUGGUUUUCGUGUAAGUUCAACUGGAACCGGUAUUAUUAGACAUAAAAUUGCUGAAAUCAUGCCAAAUUCACCUGCUGAACAACAAGGUCUUCCUGUUGGUUAUAAUAUUAUCGCUAUUAAUAAUCGAAAUGUUCAACAUAUGAAUGCAAAUGAAUUUAAACAAUGUUUAUCUCAAAGUGCACAUGAAAAUAAAAAACCAUUAUUAUUAGACGUUAUCGAUGAAGAUUCAGAUCGAGAUCAACGAAGUUCAUCACUUUCUCAAAGUUCUAUUUCAACAUCGAGAAUUGAUGUCAACGAAGUUUAUCCAACAAUGCGUCAUUGUGUUAUUCAAUCUCGGCCACAAUAUCAACAGCUUGGUUUUAAAAUUAUUCAAUCACCAAAAACAUCUAGUAAAGAUGGCGGAUAUCAAAUAAAACAACUUGAAACAGAUUCACCAGCUGCUCUUACAAAUAUUCUCAAUGAUGAUUAUAUAAUUGAAAUAAAUGGCGUCAAUAUUGAAAAAGAAGAUUAUCAAUAUGUUCAAGAUCUUAUCCGUGAAAGUUAUCGAAAAAAUCAAAAGAUUGAACUACUGGUUAUUGAUGAUGAUGGUUAUCAAUGGUACAAAAAUCGUCAAUAUCCUAUUGAUCCAUUAUCAACGAGAGCCAGUGUUGUUCGAUAUAAUACAUCUGAUCCUCCACGUAUGGAUAUGCCAUAUGACACAAAUAGUACACAAUCAUCUGCACGUGUUAGACCUAUUGACAAUUCUCGAGAUGGAAAACAAAAAUCAAAAAAAUCAAAUAUUAAUGACUCUGAUUUAUCGUCCAAUAAUCCAUAUACUCGUCUAGAAAAGAAUCCAAAUGUAGCGUCAUCGUUGUAUGCUUCACAAGGACGUUUAUCACGUGGGACAGUUGAUAUUGUAUCUGAAAAACGUUUUCUUCGUUUGUGUCGUGUAAAAACGGUAUCUGGUCAAGUAUUAGGUUUUGAUAUAAAAUCUAAUGAUAGUAAACAUAUUAUUUGUAAUAUUCAACCAAAUUCACCAGCGGCUCGUGCUGGUUUAAAUGAGAAUGAUCGUUUGAUUGAAGUAAAUGAUGACAAUAUAUUAGACAAAUCAUAUCACGGUAAAAAGUGUUCAGUAUAA